CUCUGUACAACGAAUGACGUUGGCACAAGCAACGAACGCUUUGGCAUAAAAUGUCUUAUCCUUCCACCUGAUCAGGCAACACCUUGUUUGUUGUGGGGAGGAAAAGUAGUCAUCUCGGUCUGGAUAUCGGCUUUCUCCAUUUCACUGCUCUUUGCCUUGCCCGACAAGACCCCUCCAUCUUCAGUGUCACCAUGGCUUUAAAUCUUGAGAAGCAGCUACUCUUUUAUGGCGCCUACCACAAUAAUCCGGUGAAUGUUGCGAUUCACAUGACAUGUGUGCCUAUACUUCUCUUCACGGGCAUUGCCCUGGCAUCUAACACACCCACCCUCAUCCCCACGCCUGACGGCUUGCAGGUUGAGAAUCUGCCUCUCAACCUUGGGACGAUCGCAGCUAUAGUAUACUCGAUGUUUUACAUCCUCCUGGAGCCCGUAGCCGGUGCCCUAGCGACGCCGCUCAUCAUCGGCAGUGCGGCUGGUGCGAAUCACCUUCUCAGUGCCUACGGCACGAGCGCCAACUACUGGUUUGGUGGAAUUCACGUGGUUUCGUGGCUGGCGCAAUUUGUCGGCCAUGGUGUCUUCGAGAAACGGGCCCCUGCACUGUUGGACAAUCUGGUGCAGGCUCUACUGCUCGCUCCCCUUUUCAUCUGGAUGGAGAUUCUGUUCUUCUUCGGAUAUCGCCCCGAGCUGAAGAAGAGGUACCAUGAGAGUGUGAACAAGGAGGUCGCGGCAUUCAAGGCUCAGAAGAACAAGGCAAGCAAGUGA